UUUGUUGUCUUCUCCUUAGGAUAUUUUAAGUGAGAUCGUGUGUGGUUGGAAACAUGAGAAAAACUCAGCGGAUGACAGACGAAGAUAUUGCGAAGCACUUCGUGGAGGUUCUGCGAACGGAAAAAGAUCCUUCGGAUGCGAUUGCUGCGAUCAAGACCGUCAUCAAGCUCUUGGAAUCUGACGAAUCUGAAACUUUUCUGGAGCUGAGUCGGGAAUUGAAUCGAUGGGAGAAUGCUCUUCGCUCCCAUUCGGAAGGUUCUGUCGCCUCUAUAAUUUCUGGAUUUGAGCAGAUCCAGCAGCACAUGACGAAGAAGGACAUGGACCGAACGGACAUGAGCAAGUGCAGGAAAUUCAUGAUCGAACGCGGGAAAUCAUACCUUGUGGAAAUGGAGCACAGAAAGUGUCGCAUUGCAGAAGAACUUACUUCUCACAUCGCCGAUGGAAUGUCGAUUCUGACGCAUUCUCGUUCCAAAAAUGUCUUCCGUGCCUUGAAACUUGCCAUGCAGCGUGGGAAACGAUUCAAGGUGUACGUGACAGAGUCAAUGCCUGAUAAAUCUGGGCAUCGAAUGGCGAGGGAGUUAACGGAACUAGGAAUACCUACCACCGAAAUCCUUGAUGCUUCUAUCGGAUAUAUCAUGGAGAAAGUUGAUCUAGUACUUGUAGGGGCAGAAGGGGUAGUUGAAAACGGGGGCAUUAUCAAUAAGGACAUGAGCAAGUGCAGGAAAUUCAUGAUCGAACGCGGGAAAUCGUACCUUGUGGAAAUGGAGCACAGAAAGUGUCGCAUUGCAGAAGAACUUACUUCUCACAUCGCGGAUGGAAUGUCGAUUCUGACGCAUUCUCGUUCCAAAAAUGUCUUCCGUGCCUUGAAACUUGCCAUGCAGCGUGGGAAACGAUUCAAGGUGUACGUGACAGAGUCAAUGCCUGAUAAAUCUGGGCAUCGAAUGGCGAGCGAGUUAACGGAACUAGGAAUACCUACCACCGAAAUCCUUGAUGCUUCUAUCGGAUAUAUCAUGGAGAAAGUUGAUCUAGUACUUGUAGGGGCAGAAGGGGUAGUUGAAAACGGGGGCAUUAUCAAUAAGGUUGGGACUUAUGGGAUCGGCCUGGUUGCGAAAGCCUUGAAGAAACCGGUUUAUGUUUUGUGUGAAAGCUUCAAAUUCGUUCGGCUUUACCCACUCAAUCAGUCCGAAUUGCCCGCUGAGUUCAAAUACCCCGCGUCUGUGCUGAAGAAAAGCGGAGUAAAUCUCGAAGAAGAACAUCCGCUUGUCGAUUAUACUCCCCCGCAUCUCAUAACUUUUCUGUUCACGGAUCUUGGAACUCUGGUUCCAUCUGCCGUUAGUGAUACGCUGAUUAAACUUUACUUGUGA